AGGAAGGAUGUGAUUAUCGGAGGAUGUCCUACAGUAGUACAUUGUGUGCCACUAGGAUCAGGAGGAGAAAUACAUUGUCCAUGUGGGCGAGGUACCAUUUGCAUUGUCAUAGUCAUAUUUACCCUCUAUUCACUGGCCACAUUUUUGACGAUGACUUAAUUAUUUUGUUGAAUAUUAUUAUAUAUUGUUGGCCCAUACGAUGUACAAGUAAAACGAAGAAAAGCCUAAUUUCUUUAUUUGUAAGUUGCCCGCCAUUUCUGAUGUAUAUAAAAUGUUAUGUUUUUAAAAUUCAGAUACACAAUAUUACUCUCUAAUAUUAUUAUGUAAUAAUAUUAUGUACUAUUUCAUGCCACUAAUAUCAGCAAUGUCUCUUAAAUCUGCUCUUGGGAAGCACCUGGUAAACGGUAUCUUGACUAACGGAGGCUUUAGUCAGAAAACAAUGUCACACCUGAAGUUAGCGGACGCUAUCCCGGGAACGGUGAAGUUUAACUUGACAGUAGAGAAGGGAGACUCCAAUAUAUACGACACUAUGCACGGUGGUCUGGGGGCUAGUCUGGUUGACUUGUGUUCUUCUGUCGCUAUUCUUUCCAAAUGCAAGAGAUGGGGAGUGAGCACUGACAUGCAAGUAUCCUACCUUAAAGGAGCCCCCGUUGGCAAAGACAUCACCAUAGUAGGGCAGUGUGACCGCGCAGGGAAAACCCUGGCGUUCAGCUCCUGUUUUAUAUACAACGAAAAGGGGGACCUGCUGCUGAAGGGACAACAUACUAAGUUCAUGGGAACUCCUCUUGUGGAGCUGGAGCUGGAUGAUUAGUUGGAUUGAUGGGACAUAUCUUAAUUAAGUAGUCGAGUUUUUUAUAAUUUCAGGAGCGCUGUGUUGCCAAUCAUAGGGGAACAGCUUUGUUUGUAUAAAAUAUCUAUUCUAAAGUUAUACGUCUUACUGAUGUUAUCGUUUCUGAUGCUUCUUGGGAAUUUUUUAUGUGAGUUCAGUUUUUAAUCAUGUAGUUGAAAUUUUUAGUACAUAUAUCGAUUUUUUAUCUUGGUCAGAUCUCUUGAUUUUCGUUAACUGCAAUUUUGCAGAAUAGUGGUUAGAAAGUAGGAAUUGCAGAGAGUAUUAUAGGGGUACCAGCUGGUGCAGAUGUAUUGGUCUCAAACUCUAGAUUAAUUAAAAGUAGAACCAAACUCAGUUUUUUUUUCAAAAGAGAGUAGGUACAUUUAGUAUAAAGGUAUAAUCUUAUAAUGAGACAAUUCUUUAUUGUUGAGCAACAAAAAUAAAAGACACAAAAAAAACUUAACUUUGAAAACAUCUCAUUGACAGACUUGUGAGCGUAAAAACGUGAACGUGAACUUUUAAAACAACAAUUUUGAUCGCUUGUGUUCAUGUUCACUAAAAAACCGCCCGAAAUCUGUCCGUGACAUGAAUAUUAUGUAGAGGGCAAAAGUUAAAUUAUCCCCUACCAUAACUCAUACAUAAAUACAUACAUUUACUUAAAUAAGGAUUCUAUCAUUCUCCUACAUGAAAUUGUUCAUAAUAAAUUGGUCGACCUUCAUCCUGCUCAAAGUUAAAUGUGUUUUAUUGUUAC